CCGCUUCCGAGAUAUAUCGAUUGCGUAUCCAUAUAUAAUACAGGCGCUACGCUAAGGAAGGUUGUGUGUGUUCACUGGACACCAAGGGCCUGCAGCGCCCCCCCCCCUCACACACACAGCCCAAAGGCCCCCCCUUCCCCUGUGACCAACCACCACCAUCACCACUUCCCACGACAACCACCAUCAUCAUAAGCAGCAGCAGCGGCGGCAUCGGGAUUGGAACCAGCGUCGUAUUUGACGCUAGAAUUAAAUCAUUUUCGCCGGGGGAAGGGUUCUGAAUUGUAAUCGCUCGGCGGACUUCAUUCGGCACCGGUCACCAUCGUUGUCACUUGGCGGUAGUUAUCCGUCAGCCUCGGCAUCUUGAAGAUUACAGAGAGCUUCAAGACCGGACCCCCCCCCCCGCCACCCCCGAAAUCUGACAUCGGAGAGAGGAAGAAGACAAGACAUCCCCCUCCUCUUGCCGAGAGAAAAGACGUUCACAUCAACCGCGGGCGUCUGAAAGAUCCUGUGAAUCAUUCAUUCAUUCCGCCAGCCCGUUCAUCCGUCGCUCGCGCACCGGUGCACGUCAUCGUCAAAUCAGUCUGUAAUCCCUGCUCGGAUUCGGCUGCACAGCAGUAACAUGGCCACCGAGGUGGUGAUAGCCGGCAUGGCGGGCAAACUGCCAGAAGCUGACAACCUCAACGAGUUCUGGGAGAACCUCAUCAACGGGGUGGACAUGGUGACAGAAGAUGACCGUCGCUGGAAACCAGGUCUGUACGGGCUGCCCCCUCGAAACGGCAAGCUGAAGGAUAUCAGCAAGUUUGACGCGGCGUUCUUUGGCGUUCAUCCCAAACAAGCCAACACCAUGGAUCCCCAGCUCAGGCUGCUCAUGGAGCUCACCUACGAAGCCAUCGUAGAUGCUGGCCUGAACCCACAGCUGCUGCGUGGUACCAACACGGGCGUAUGGGUGGGCGUAAGCGGCUCGGAGGCCGGGGAGGCCCUGAGCCGCGACCCCGCCGAGCUGCUGGGCUACAGCAUGACGGGCUGCCAGCGCGCCAUGCUUGCCAACCGCCUCUCUUACUUCUUCGACCUCAAAGGCCCCAGCUCGGCCAUUGACACGGCGUGCUCGUCCAGCCUGCUGGCCCUGGAGAACGCCUUCCAGGCCAUCCGCUCGGGCCAGUGCGAGGCGGCCGUGGUGGCCGGCGUCAACCUGUUGCUGAAGCCCAACACCUCGGUGCAGUUCAUGAAGCUUGGCAUGCUGAGCCCCGAGGGGACCUGCAAGGCCUUCGACGCCGCCGGUAACGGCUACUGCCGUUCCGAGGCGGCCGUGGUGGUGCUGCUCACGAGCAAGAGGCUCGCCAAACGUGUGUACGCCACCGUGCUCAACGCACGCAGCAACACGGACGGAUACAAGGAACAAGGCGUGACGUUCCCGUCGGGCGAGAUGCAGCAGGAGCUGCUGCGUGCCGUGUACGCCGAGUGCGGCGUGCAGCCGAGCACCGUCGAGUACGUGGAGGCGCACGGCACCGGUACCAAGGUGGGCGACCCGCAGGAGGCUGGCGGCAUCGUCAACGUCUUCUGCCAGGGGGAGCGCCCGCCCCUUCUCGUCGGCUCCACCAAGUCCAACAUGGGCCACCCCGAACCGGCGUCCGGCCUGGCCGCGCUGGCCAAGGUGAUCCUGUCCCUGGAGCAUGGCGUGUGGGCGCCCAACCUGCACUACCACGAGCCCAACCCGGACAUCCCGGCGCUCACGGACGGCCGUAUCACCGUGGUGACGACGCCCACGCCGUGCCGUGGCGGCGUCGUCGGCCUCAACUCAUUCGGCUUCGGCGGCUCCAACGUCCACGUGGUGCUGCAGCCGUACGGCAAGCCGGGAGGCGCCGGCACCGCCGGCACCGACGUGGCGGAGCCCGGCGUGCCCAAACUGGCGCUGGCGGCGGGAAGGACCGCCGAGGCGGUGUCGGCGAUGCUGUCGCACGCGCGCGCCAACUCCGACAGCCCCGGGCUGGUGCAGCUGCUGAACGAGGUGUCGGCACUGCCCACCACCGGCAUGCCGUUCCGAGGCUUCACGCUCGUCGCCGACGAGGAGGGGGGCGAGGAGGAGGAGGUCGGGCAGGGCGCCAGCAACCGUCCGCUCUGGUACAUCUGCUCAGGCAUGGGCACGCAGUGGCCGGGCAUGGGCAAGGACCUGAUGUCGCUGGGUUCGUUCCGCGCGUCGGUGGAGCGCACGGCGAGCGCGCUGUCCGACACGGGGCUGGACCUCGUGCGGCUCCUCACCCACGCCGACAAGUCCACCUUCGAGGACACGGUCAACUCCUUCGUGGGACUCGCCGCCAUUCAGAUCGCGCAGAUCGACAUGCUGGUGGAGAUGGGGCUGCGCCCGGACGGCAUCGUGGGCCACUCGGUGGGCGAGCUGGCGUGCGGCUACGCGGACGGCUCGCUGUCGCGGCAGGAGGUCGUGCAGGCGGCGUACUGGCGCGGCCGCUGCAUCAAGGAGGCCAAGCUCCCCGCGGGCGCCAUGGCGGCCGUCGGUCUCACAUGGGCCGAGUGCAAGAAGCAGUGCCCGCCCGGCGUGGUGCCAGCUUGCCACAACUCCGAGGACACCGUCACCAUCUCCGGCCCCAAGGACGCGGUGGCCGAGUUUGUGAAGCAGCUGCAGGCGAAGGAGAUUUUCGCCAAGGAGGUGCGCACGGCCGGCGUGGCCUUCCACUCUCACUACAUGGCCUCCAUCGCACCCGUGCUGCUCGCCGCCCUGCAGAAGGUGAUCAAGCAGCCGCGCGAGCGCUCGGCGCGCUGGAUCAGCACGUCCAUCGGCGAGGAGAGCUGGGGCAGCCCUCUGGCCACGUACUCGUCAGCCGAGUACCACGUCAACAACCUCGUGAGCCCCGUGCUCUUCCAGGAGGCGCUGCAGCUGGUGCCGGUCGACGCCGCCGUCAUCGAGAUCGCACCGCACGCCCUGCUGCAGGCGAUCCUGAAGCGCAGCCUGAAACCCACGUGUUCGUUCAUUCCCCUGAUGAAGCGCGACCAGAAGGACAACCUUCGCUUCUUCCUCAACAGUGUGGGGAAGCUCUACAUCAGCGGGGUGAACCCUAACCCCAACAAGCUGUACCAGGAAGAGGGGGCCCAGUUCCCGGUGCAGGCCGGGACGCCGCUCAUCUCGCCGCACGUCGUGUGGGACCACUCGCAGGCGUGGGACGUGCCGCGCGCAGAGGACUUCCCCUCAGGCUCCGGCGGGGGCGGCGGUGCCGUCGUCUUCAACAUCGACACCAGCCCCGAGUCCCCAGACAGCUACCUGCUGGGCCACUGCAUCGACGGGCGCGUAUUGUACCCUGCCACGGGCUACAUGGUGCUGGCGUGGCGAGCGCUGCUGCGCCAGGCGGGGCUCUCCUCCGAGACGCUGCCCGUCGUGUUCGAGGACGUCACCAUCCACCGCGCUACUAUCCUGCCCAAGGCUGGCUCCGUGCAGCUGGAGGUCCGCCUCAUGCCGUCCUCAAACCGUUUCGAGGUGUCCGAGGGCGAGAACCUGGCUGUGAGCGGCAAGGUGUACAUUCCGGAAGACACGGCGCUGGAGAACCUGCGGAGCCGCAUUACGGCCGUGCCGGACGCCAAGCCGGAAUCGGAGCUGCCGCUGUCGGCCAGCGAGGUGUACAAGGAGCUGAGGCUGCGGGGAUACGACUACGGGCCCACCUUCCAGGGCAUCCUGCAGGCCAACAACAGCGGCUCGCAGGGACGGCUGGCGUGGGACGGCAACUGGGUGCCGUUCCUGGACGCGAUGCUGCAGAUGCUGGUGCUGGGCCUGCAGGGCCGCAGCCUGCGCUUGCCCACGCGCGUGCGCUCCGUCUUCAUCGACCCCGAAGCGCACGCGGCACGCGCCGCGCAGGACGGGGACGGACGCACGGCGGUGGAGGUGUCGGUGGACCGUGUGCUGGACCGGACAGUGGCCGGCGGCGUGGAGAUCUUGGGGCUGCACGCCACGCAGGCCCCACGGCGCCAGCAGCAGCAGGCACCGCCAGUGCUGGAGGAGUUCCACUUCGUGCCCUACGACCAGCAGGGCCUGCUCGCCGACGCCGGGCGCCACGCCUCGCUGCACGCCUACUCCCGCAGCUGCACGGAGUGCCUCCGGGAGGUCGUCGCCAAGUUCCGCAGCCACGGCAUCAAGUUCCCCGUGUCCGGCCUUGACGACGCGGUCAUCGGCUCGGGCGCGGACGCGGAGGAGCCGCCGCUCGACUCGGAGAAGGAGUCGGAGCGGGGCCUGCUGUCGGUGCUGCGCACGUUGCGCGACCUCUCGCACAACGGCAGCUUCCUGGGCGAGGUCACGGCCACCAUGGCGCGCGAGCGGGGGCGGCUCUCCCACGACGCGCUGCUCUCCUCGCUGCUCGACAGCCCCGUGCUCAAGAACUGCCUGGACGUUGUGCUGGAGAACUCCACCAGCAAGAGGCUGAAGAUCACCGAGGUGCUGUCGGGCGAGGGCAAGCUGUAUGCACGUGUCGUGCCGCUGCUCAACACGCACCCCAUGGUGCAGCUCGACUACGUCGCCACCGACGCCGCCCCCGAAGCCCUCGCCGCCGCCAAGGAACAGCUGGACGAGCUGGGGGCGACGACGGCGCAGUGGGACCCGGCGCAGUCCGGCUCGCCCGCGCCCGGCGCCGACCUGCUGGUCUGCGACCUGGCCGGCCGCUCGCUCGGCGCCGCCGCCGCCGGCGAUUCGCUCGGCAACAUGGCCGGCGCGCUCAAGGAGGGCGGCUUCCUGCUGCUGCACGCCGUCUGCGCCGGAGCGCCGCUCGGCGACGCCGUGGGGCUGCUCACGGGGCGCAUCCCCGACCAGCGCACGACGCUCACGCGGGCGGAGUGGGAGGCGGCGCUGAAGGCCGCGAGCCUGACCCUCGUUUCCAAGAAGACCUCCUUCUUCGGCUCGGCCAUCUUCCUCGCCCGCAAGACAUCGGCCGGGAAGGCGGCAGCAGCGGCGCUGGCGCUCUCCGUGGACGACCUCGCCUACGGAUGGGUGGAGCAGCUGAAGGACGAGCUGCUGGCGGAGUCGGAGGGGCCUGUGUUCCUCACGUCCACUGCCUGCGCUCACUCUGGCAUCGUGGGGAUGGUGAACUGCCUGCGCCAAGAGCCCGGCGGCCAGCGCAUCAGGUCUCUGUUCGUCAGCAACCUGGAGGCCGGCUCGAAAUCGCCGAGUCUGCCCUCGUCCUCCAUCCCAGCAGCGGUCAUCCAGAAGGACUUGGUGAUGAACGUGUGGCGCGACGGUGUCUGGGGCUCCUUCCGGCACCAGCUGAUUCCAUCCGGCGGCGCCAGCGGGACCUCGGUGGCGACGGAGUACGCGUACGUGAACGUGCUGACCCGCGGAGACCUCUCCUCGCUCGCCUGGAUCGCGUCGCCGCUGCGACACUUCAGCAGCAGCAGCUCCAGCAUGGUGCAGCUGUGCCGCGUCUACUACGCCUCGCUCAACUUCCGCGACAUCAUGCUGGCCACCGGCAAGCUGCCGCCCGACGCCAUCCCCGGUGACCUCUCCCUGCAGCACUGCAUGCUGGGUAUGGAGUUCUCGGGUCGCGACCCCCAGGGCAAGCGGGUGAUGGGGCUGCUGCCUGCGCGAGGCCUGGCCACCGUGGUGGAUGCCGACAAGCGCUUCCUCUGGGAUGUGCCCAAGACCUGGAGCCUGGAGCAGGCCUCGUCCGUGCCGGUGGUGUACGCCACGGCGAUCUAUGCGCUGCUGGUGCGCGGGCGCAUGCGGCGCGGGGAGAGCGUUCUCAUCCACUCGGGCUCCGGGGGCGUCGGCCAGGCGGCCAUCGCCAUCGCGCUCAGCAUGGGCUGCACCGUCUACACCACCGUCGGCUCGGCGGAGAAGCGCGCGUACCUGCAGAAAACCUUCCCCCAGCUGAAGGACGAGGCCUUCGCAAACUCCCGCGACACCACAUUUGAGCAGCACGUCCUCAAGGCAACCAAUGGCAAAGGAGUGGACAUCGUGCUGAACUCCCUGGCGGAGGAGAAGCUGCAGGCCAGCCUGCGCUGCCUCGCGCGGCACGGGCGCUUCCUGGAGAUCGGCAAAUACGACCUCUCCAACAACUCCCCGCUCGGCAUGGCGCUGUUCCUGAAGAACGUGGCGUUCCACGGCAUCCUGCUGGACGCGCUCUUCGAGGAGGGCAACCGCGAGUGGGAGGAGGUGGCGGCGCUGCUGCGCGACGGGAUCGCGCGCGGCACCGUCAAGCCGCUGCGCACCACCGUGUUCCUGCGCCAGCAGGUGGAGGACGCCUUCCGCUUCAUGGCGCAGGGCAAGCACAUCGGCAAGGUGGUCGUGCAGGUUCUCCCGGAGGAGCUCAAGGGUGCCUCGUCGGCGCCGCUGCCGGCCGUGCCGGCGCUCGCUCGCUCCAUGUGCCCGCCGGGCAAGACGUACGUCAUCACGGGCGGCCUGGGAGGCUUCGGCCUGGAGCUGGCGCAGUUCUUGGUGGAGAGGGGAGCGCGCAACAUCGUGCUCACCUCGCGCUCCGGCAUCCGCAACGGCUACCAGGCGCGGCGCGUGCGCGAGUGGCGCGAGAUGGGGAUCGGCGUGUCCGUGUCGACGCGCGACAUCAGCAGCGAGGCCGACGCCGCCGGCCUCGUCAAGGAGGCCGCCGUGUUGGGUCCCAUCGGCGGCAUCUUCCACCUCGCCAUGGUGCUGAAGGACGGCAUGCUGGAGAACCUGGACGCCGGCAUGUUCAAGGACGUGAACAAGCCCAAGUUCCACGGCACCAUUUACCUGGACAGGGUGACACGCACGAAGUGCCCCGAGCUCGACUGGUUCGUGGUUUUCUCUUCGGUGAGCAGCGGCCGCGGCAACGCCGGGCAGAGCAACUACGGCUUUGCCAACUCCGCGAUGGAGCGCAUCUGUGAGAAGAGGAGGCACGACGGCUUCCCCGGCCUGGCGGUGCAGUGGGGCGCCAUCGGCGACGUGGGCGUGGUGCUCGAGUCGAUGGGGGACAACGAGACGGUGAUCGGCGGCACGCUGCCCCAGCGCAUCGGCUCCUGCCUCGACACGCUCGACCGCUUCCUGUCGCAGGGCCACCCCGUGCUGUCCAGCUUCGUGCUGGCCGAGCGAUCCACCGCGGCCCGGGCCGACCAGGCCGACAAGAAGGACCUGGUGGAGGCCGUGGCCCACAUCCUAGGCGUGCGGGACGUGAGCAGCAUCAACCCCGAGUCGUCGCUCGCCGACCUGGGCCUCGACUCGCUCAUGGGCGUCGAGGUGCGGCAGACGCUGGAGCGCGACUACGACCUCGUGCUGUCCAUGCGCGACAUCCGGCAGCUCACCGUCACCAAGCUGCGCGAGCUUUCCGCCUCCAACACCGCGCUGGCGGAGCCCCGCCCGGUAUCGCCGGACCAGCUGGAGGUGACCCUCCCCGAGCUGGUGGUGCCGCGCCUGGGCGCGACGCUCGAGCGCAUCAACGACGUCGCGGACGGCGCCGCGCCGCCGCUCUUCUUCGUGCACCCCAUCGAGGGCACGCCGAUCGCCUUCAAGAGGCUCGCCUCCAAGCUGUCCGUGCCUUGCUACGGCCUGCAGUGCACGGAGGAGGCGCCCCUGGACAGCAUCAGCAGCCUGGCGGAGUUCUACCUGGAGCACGUGCGCAGGGUGCAGCCCACGGGGCCGUACCGCCUGGCCGGUUACUCGUUCGGCGCGUGCGUGGCCUUCGAGAUGAGCCUGCAGCUGCAGUCGGCGGCGGUGGCCGCCGGCAAGAAGGGGCCGAGCGGUAACACGCUCCUGCUGCUGGACGGCUCGCACAACUACGUGGCUGCGCACACGCAGGGAUACAAAGCCAAGCUGAGAGACGUCGCUGCGGAAGAGUCGGAAUCAAUGUGUGCGUUCGUGCAGCAGUUCGUGGCCGUCGAGCGGCAGAAGACGUUCGAGAUGCUGCUGGCCCUGCCCUCGCUGGACGCGCGCGCCGGGGCGGUGUGCGACAUCAUCCUGGCGCGGCACCCCGGCCUGGAGCGCUCCGACCUCUGCUUCUCCGCCAGCUCCUUCUACGGGAAGCUGCACGCCGCCGACAAGUACCAGCCGCUGAGGAAGCUGGUCGCGGACGUCACGUUGCUGCGCGCCGAGGCCGGGAGUCCCACGGGGGACGGCCUCGGGGAAGACUACAACCUCAGCCAGGUGGUGACCGGCAACGUGAAGCUGCAUGUCGUCGACGGAGACCACAGAAGCUUCCUGCAGGGCGGCAGCACAAAGCACGUGGCCUCCAUCGUCAUGGGCGUCCUGGGGCAGGCCCAGCAUGCGUAGGCCGACUCCACGCCUCUCCGCGCUCACGCUUGUGGUCACACACGCUCACGGGCACACUCAUCGCUUACGCACUCAACGCUCACGCACUCAACGCUCACGCACUCAACGCUCGUACUCUCAAGCCCGCGCUCACGCACACACGCACUCGGACGCAAACUCGCACACUCCUGUCGCAGUGCCGUGUGCAUCCACGCGUCGUGUACUUUGUUUUGAGCAAAUCAAAGAAGAGACCCACACGCAGAUGCAAUGGCCCCCGCACACAGCACGAGGUUUCUUCGUUCAGACACGUAGCUCCCGUUACACAACUCUGCGCGAUGCAACGACACGUUCACGAGCACGUCCUAUCGGCCGGUCGCCCUCCCCCCUGGCCGCUAAGCGUCCGCUGGCCCGGGCGAGCGGGCGCGUGGAUCCGUACCGCAGGCGACCCUCUCGGCUCCCGACCUCGUUCGAGGUCACGACCCCGCUCGACCUCGUGGCUCCACCGUUCCCCUGCCGCGUCAUCCCCCUAUUCCAGUCGGGGGAACAGCAGCAGCUAUAAACCACGUUCGCGUCGAUAAUCCCAGGUAGAGGACCACAUUUUCCAAUCGUCGACGGGUGACGGUCGUGGGUACGAAGCGCCGCCGCUUUCCGGCGACGAAUCCGUUCCUCGAGAGGGCUCCGUGCCCCGCGGCGCGCACGCCACAGACCCGCGCGACGUGGACGAUCUAAACAAAGGCCCACGCAGCGGCAAUUGGUGCCAGUUUCUGCCACGUUGUUGGAGGCAAAAGAAGCAUUGAACAUUCCUAUAGCCCCUACCUCCCCCGUCCUCGUCCAUACCACUUGACGCCAUGCCCCUUUAUCCUUUCUCCCAUCUCCCCACCUAAGGCCACUUCCACGUGGCCGACAAGGGUAGUAAACUUGCGGGAAUGGUUAACUUGUGCAGGGUGCGCGGGAAUUGGUUGCAGUGGCUUGUGAUUUUCUAGGAACGCCCGACGCCGGCAAACGGUUAAGAGCCGGUGAGCGGAUCCCGAAAAGAAGCCUUCGCCCGAAUCCAUGCCAGUCCCCCGGGGAGUUGUUUGUUUUUAUUUCGUUGGCCGAUGCAGCUCUGGCCAAGCCACCGUCGACAUGUAGCACUUACUCCUGCCGCUCUCGUGGCCGGCAAGUCUUAAAACUGUUGAGUGAAACCCGCCGUCGAAUUUGUGAAAGCCAAGCUGAAAACAAAGAUCUUCACUCGCCCGGGCAAACCCCCAUUGAGAAGCCUUUUUUUAGCGGCGGUGUUCACACGACACGGUAAUAUAUUUCAAUGUACGUGUUUUUAAUUUUGCCUCUUAACUUCUACAUUCUGUAGCACUUACUAAACGUGUACCCUCCUCCACCACCACCAUCAUCAUCUCCGUGCACACCGUUUAACGGGAAUAUUCAAGAAAUCCCCGACUGUUAAACGGAAUAAUCGCGGUGACCUGCUUCGGGUGGGAAAGGCUGUGCUGUGUACAUGGUUCACGUGUCCUCCCUUUUCCUCCUCCCCCCUCCUCCUCGCGGUAGCACCCACGCCGCUCCCCGGCCGUGUAAUCGUGUUCGCUUGACGGUAAUCCGAGAGUAAAUUGGUCAGUGUCCCGACCCCCCCCCCUUGGCUGUUUCGAGUCCGGUGGGUGUCACAACAGACGUUGCUUGACAAAGCGUGGUUGUGACACCCCCCGCGCCGCCCCCCCCCCCCCCCCACCUUCAUAACAAUCUUGGUUUUUUUUGUCCUGAGAGAUGGCUAUUUAUUAUUAUACCUUGAUUUUUUCUCCCCCCCCCCACCGACGAAUAACAAUAAACAUGACGAUUGCCGUGAAGACGUGCGCGCACGCGUCUUGUUUCCGUCGAGUUCGCUGUGCCGGGGGAGGAGUGGUGGUUGCUGGAUCCGACGUUUGCCCAAAGGUUUCCAGCCGCCACACGGCAACAUUGUUUACUGGUAUAUUACGUAAUGUUCACGUCGGUACUUGUUACACAGAUCGCUCUGCCCCGGGGGCGCUCGCCACCGGCGUUUUGUAGAGGCACCACGCGGCUCCGCGCACCACACAUCAUCGGCUCGGCCACUGGAGGUUCACGAGGGUCGGGAGGGCGCGCAGAUGUGACGGAUGAGCACGUGGCUUCCAACGCAGACCGGCAGCCUCCCCCCCCGUGUGGUUUCCACAUGCCUUUAUUUGACACAAUAGCAACCGAGUUAAUUAAAGUCACGGGGGACAGAACCGAUUAAAAAAAAAAAUCACGGCAAAAUAUCAAAUGUGCUUAAAAGUCUCGUUGAAAUAAACACUUUGGAAAGGUGA